AUGAGACCGACACAGUAUUUUUACAACAAAAAUUCAAAAUUGGAUUCUACCGGUAUACCUUUAAAUACAAUGAAAGCAAAGGAUUUUGAUACGUUAAUCACUGAAUUAAGAAAAAUAAAAGCAAAAUGUCGUACACACUAUAAAAGGGAUUGGAAUUUUUUUGAAUUUGGUAAAGAUUAUAAUACUCUAUUGAGAAAAUUAUUUAAUUUAGGAAAAAAAAGUUUACCUCCUACAAAAUUUAGAGAAGGAAGCCAAAUAUUUAAAAUACCUGAUUCAAAUGCAUUACCAAUGAAAAAGCAAACUUAUAAAUCUGGAUUUAGUCCAUUACGAAGAGUACGUUUAGGAAGAGUUACACAAGAUUCGAAGUCAAUGCAAAAUCCAAAAAUGAGUUUUCGUCCUCAUUUUUUAAAUUCCAAUGCAAAAUCAUUUUCAUCCACAAAUACGAGUAAACAGUUAAGAAAAGAAUUGGUAGAAAAAAUGGUUUUUUUAGCAGAGAAUGCUUUAAAAGAAAAUAAAGGAGAAUAUAAACAAUCAACUCCUAUAAAGCCCAUACCAAAGUUGACCCCGAAAAAAACUCCAAAAUCCAGAAGUUACAUAUUGUUGCCAGAAUUUGUUAAAAAAGUGCCAGAUAUAAAUGAAAUGAGAACCCCUGUGAAAAAUUUAAUUAAAAAAGAAGUAUUUUGUUCAUCUGUAAAAAAAACUCCCUCGAAAAAAACACAUGCACAAGAAGAUAAAAAUAAAAAAAAUGUUUUACAAAAUCCAUUGGAACUUGAUAAUAGUUCUUUAUCAACUUCGAUUGCCAAGGAUGUUAUCAUAAAUGAAAUUGGAAAUUUUUUUCAAUCGUAUAACAGUAAAGUAAAUUCAUUAUUUGAAAAAUGUAUGUCUGUAGACGAUAAUUUUGAAGAAGAAGUGAAGAAACUUCCAGAAGGUGAAAUUUAUGAUAAGUUUUGCUUUUAUCAAGCGGAAAAAGAAGUUAUAUCAAAAGAAUUAAUUGAGUUAGAUGAAAAAUUUGCAUGUUCUCUUAAAGAAAAAAAACAAAGUAAUGAAAAAUUAUUGGAAUUUAUUAAUGAAAAUCGAAAAUUAUUCGAAAAACAAUUGGGAGUUCAUAAAAAAUUUGAAAAAUCAAUUUCGUGUAUUUUAAAAAAUUACAAAACAAAUAAUAAAUGUGAAAAAAAAGAAAAUAAUGAUUUAGAGGAAUGUUCAAAACUUAUUCCUAGUAGUAAACAAGAGGAAACAAAAGAUUUUUUAAACAAGAUUGAAAGUUUUGAAGAAAAAAAUAAACCUGUACUUCGAAGAUCACUUAGAUUGUCGAAACUUCCGAGAAAAAUAACAGAAUCAACUCCGUCUAAAAAAAAAUUAUCACAUGUGAAUAGUAAAUCUAAAAAUAUUUUAAAAUCAAAAUAUUCUACAAGAGUAAAAUCUAAAAUUUAA